ACUUUUUAAAAAACAUAAUUAAACAAAAUGGUCUUCCUUUCCAGCGCUAUCUCAGACGAUCGUUUAAGCAAAGCUAAUGAAAACGGCGAAUUACAUCAUGAUUCAGUAGGAACCACAGUUUAUGGUACUCGCUGGGCUUCUGAAGACAUCCCAAGAUUUGAAAUGCCACAGGAGGAGAUGCCUUCCAAUGUCGCUUAUAGACUUAUUAAGGAUGAUUUGGCCCUUGACGGAAACCCAGCUCUUAAUCUUGCUACUUUUGUUACCACUUAUAUGGAAGAUGAGGCUGAAAAGUUAAUGGCUGAAAAUCUUUCAAAGAAUUUCAUCGAUUAUGAAGAAUAUCCUCAAAGUGUCGAACUUUGUAAUCGUUGUAUCAAUAUGAUUGCUCGUCUCUACAAUGCACCUAUGGAUAGUGCUGAACAGGAGUCUUUAGGUUGCUCUACCGUUGGUUCAUCUGAAGCCAUUAUUCUUGCCACUUUGGCCAUGAAACGCCGUUGGCAAAACGCCAGAAGAGAGAAGGGCUUGUCUACCGAUAAUCCCAACUUGGUUAUGGGCGCUAACUGUCAAGUUGCUUGGCAUAAGGCUGUUCGCUACCUCGAACUUGAAGGUCGUGAAGUUGAAUGUACUGAAGAAAUGCUUUACAUGGACCCUCACAAAGCUGUUGAUCUUGUCGAUGAGAACACUAUUGGUGUCUGUGCUAUUUUAGGUUCAACUUAUACAGGUCAUUAUGAGGAUUGUAAAACUUUGAACACACUUUUGGAAGAGAAGAACGAAGCUAAUGGUUGGGAUGUCGGUAUUCACGUCGAUGCUGCAAGUGGUGGUUUUGUGGCUCCAUUUGUUGUCCCCGACUUAGAAUGGGAUUUCCGUCUUAGCCGUGUUGUUUCCAUUAACGUUUCUGGCCACAAAUAUGGCUUAACUUAUGCGGGUAUUGGCUGGGCUAUUUGGAGAAGUGCCGAAUAUUUACCCAAGUCCUUGAUUUUCAACAUUAAUUAUCUUGGAAGUGAUCAAGCUUCCUUUACACUCAACUUCAGUAAAGGUGCGGCUCACGUCAUUGCUCAAUAUUACGUCUUGAUUCGUUUGGGUCAAACUGGUUUCCGUAAAAUCAUGACAAAUUUGACUGCAACUGCUGAUCAUUUAGCCGAACGAUUAACAGCUACUGGACGUUUUGUUAUUAUGAGUGAAAGCGGUGGUCGUGGUUUACCUUUGGUUGCUUUCAGAUUGAAGGACGAGCAUCAUUACAAUGAGUUUGAUAUUUCUUCCAAGUUGCGUGAACGUGGAUGGAUUGUACCUGCUUAUACCAUGGCACCUAACGUCGAACAUAUCAAAAUGUUACGUGUGGUUGUCCGUGAAGAUUUCUCUAGAUCACGUUGUGAAAUUUUGGUGAGAGAUAUUAUCUCCGCUCUUCACGCAUUAGACGCCAUUGACGAAUUAGCAGUAGCAAAGAAACGUGAGUUCCGCGCAGCUCAUCGUCAUAGUGCUAUUCAUGACAACCCAAGCAAGUUUAUGUUCAAGGAUGAUGACGAAGAAGAAAUUAAUAGCGAAAACACUCAAAAGGCUGGCCAAGGAAUCUGUUAAAAAGUAGAAUUUUAUUAUGUAAUAAAACCA